CUACUUCAAAUUUCACAUUGGAUCAAAUGGCAAAUGAAUCUUAUACUGAAAAGAAUAUUGCAUCUGAAGCACUCUUUGCUCCUCAAACUGCUGGUACUGCGCUAUGCUUUUGUGGGAUUCAUUGUCCUUGUCCAGGAUGUGUACUACAUGAUCCCUUGGGAUUAAAGUUUAUGAAUCACCCUUCAAGUUUAUCACUAACACCAGCAUGUCCUACAAGUAUGAAACGAGCAGAAGGAUGUCUUGCUGGACUUGAUUUACCUACGAUCAACGAACUCUUAAACUUGAGUCCAAUCUCAUCUCCUUUUCCUCCGAUCGCACCAGUUCAAUUACCAAGUAUGAGUCAAACAUUAGGAUUCAAUCCGACUUCUAAUCCUUAUCAUCCUCCUUCUAAUGGAGGUGGAUGUUGUGGAGGAGCAGGACGUGGAGGAGCUGGUGGUGGUGGUGGUGUUGGAGGAGGAACAGGGAAUGGAAAUUCAUCUAAUGUUGGGAUAUAUAAUUAUGAUGAAUUUGGAAUCGGAUUAAGUAUCCCUUCUUAAUUUCAUACAAUUUUUAUAUAUCUCAAUUCAUGAGCAUUUUUUUAUCUUAUCAUCAACUUUUUGGUUUUGUUUAAUUCAAUCAGAAUGUGUUUUGGGUUUUGGUUUUUUUUGUUUAUGUUGUAAAUCCCCUUUGCAUUCUAAAAUCCAUUUGCAUUUGAAGCAUUUGAGUUAUUGGAUUC